AUGGAUGGCUGGACAGGCUGGAGACCCCUGCUAUGGGGCACUCACCCCACAGGACAGACAAAGGAUGGAUGGACAGCUGGACAGGCUGGAGGCCCCUGCCAUGGGCACUCACCCCACGGGACAGACAGAAGGACGGAUGGACGGCUGGACAGGCUGGAGGCCCCUUAUGGGCACUCACCCCGCGGGACAGACAGAAGGACGGAUGGAUGGCUGGACAGGCUGGAGGCCCCUGCCAUGGGGCACUCACCCCGAGACAGAGAAGGACGGAUGGAUGGCUGGACGGGCCGGAGGCCCCUGCCGUGGACACUCACCCCGCGGGACAGACAGAAGGACGGAUGGACGGCUGGACAGGCUGGAGGCCCCUGCCGUGGGCGCUCACCCCGCAGUUGCUGGGCCUCCGUUGGGUCCUGGGAAAUUUCAACAGCAGUCCAGUGUGCGGGCUGCGCCUUUGUUCUGUCCAGCCAGCGGCCCAGGCUGUGCCUUUGUUGUAUCUGGCCACCGGCAGGCCAGGCACCUUCUGAGGAAGGGUUGCUGCGUGUCUGUGGCUCACGGAGGCCUUCCUCUGUGUGUGACUCAUACCCCCCACCCACCCCAGCCCACUCCUGGGAGCAUCUUCCUGGGGGCUUUGGAGGCCCAUCCAUUCUUCCCUAGGGACAAAAGUGCAGGGAGCGGCGUCCCAGGUGCCACCGUCUCUGGGGAACGUGGGCCGGGACUCCCUUUGCUGGACACAGACCCUGCCCACACCGGGUGACCAUGGGGUGACCUCACAGGGUGUGUGGGGUUCCGAAGCCGCCCCCCUCCUUCCUGAGCCUGCACUUUGACCUGGGACUGCUGAGCCCAGAAGGGCCUUGAGAGGGCUGGCUCAGUGGGACGUGGGGGCCUUGGGUGGUUGGGUCCCCGAGACAGGCCAUCUCGCUCCUUGUGUGGCAGGCUGCGGGGCCCUGCUUGCCUGGGUCCCACGUGGUAGAACUCGGCGUUUGGUGGGGGCCUGCUGGGGACAGGAAGGGACAGCACCCCACCCUGAGCUGGCACUCAUGCUUCACUGGAGCCAGGCGGAGGGGCCGAGGGCACCGGCACAAGGUCCCUUUGAGGACCGAGAUCAUGACCACCACGGAGCAAGCGCCUGGGUCCUCAGAUCAAAGGCCCAAUAGCCAGUGAGGCUUCUGCACUGGUCCCAGCAGAAGCGGGGCCUGGCUGAGGCAGUGGCAUCAGAGACUCGGGGCAAUGGGGGUGCGAGGGGGGUCUCAGCGUCCCACAGCUGCUGUAACAAGUCAUCGUAAACACAGUCACUCAAAACGGCACGAGCUCAUGGCAGCAGUGGAGCUGGAGGUCCAGGAUGGGUCUCACCAGGCUGAAGUCAAGGUACCGACCUCAGGGGAAUUGGUGUCCUGCCUUUCCCAGCCUCAGAGGCCCCACUUGGCUGUACCUGGGCAGCUGCUCCGCUCCACGGGCCUAGCCUCGCUCACAGGGCUCCAAGAACAGAGCCUGGAUUGUCCUGAGGGCCCCGUGAUGUCCCCGUCACAGCAAAGGAAGAUUUAGGAUGCACUGGAAGCCCAGAAGUCCAGAGAAGGGGCUCAGAGCCAUCGGUCGCCAUGGGGCACCUCGGGGGUCCCACGAACACUGCAGCAGGCGUCAGACCCUCAAGCGUCGGUAAGGGCCUCACCGCCUUGGGAGGGGUCAGCAGUUACCGGAGGACCCUGGGCAGUGGCAGGGAGCAGCGACAAGGGCCCCCCAUUCAGGCCCUCACCCCCGGCACUUGGAGGAGGUGCCGCCCCUGCCUCGGAAGCCUCGAGGGCAACCUGCACCCUCAGGAGGCCCAGCUGGGGGCGUCACUGCAGGGCACCGGCAGAAACGGGUCUGAAAACAGCAGCCCAAAGUGGAUUUGGAACAGAACAGGGUGUCACGGAAAGGAUGUUUCAUAAGGUGGGUUUGAUGAGUAUGUUUAAAUAAAUGUAACUUAAUUGAUGUUAAA